ACGAAACCCACCUUCUCACACUCACAUAAAACCCUAGAUUGCGCAUCGCUUCACAUUAGGGUUUUUUAUUCUCCUUGGCUAACCUCACUCUCUCCCCCUCUUUACCGUCGGCUGCAACCUCAAACUCACAAAAAUGGCGCCGGAGAAGAAGUUAUCGAAUCCCAUGAGAGACAUCAAGGUGCAGAAGCUCGUCCUUAAUAUCUCUGUUGGUGAGAGUGGUGAUCGUCUUACUAGAGCUGCUAAGGUGUUGGAGCAACUCAGUGGCCAGACCCCUGUUUACUCCAAAGCCAGGUACACUGUCCGAUCAUUCGGUAUCAGACGUAAUGAAAAAAUUGCUUGCUACGUGACCGUCAGAGGAGAGAAGGCAAUGCAACUUCUUGAAAGUGGCUUGAAGGUCAAGGAAUACGAAUUGCUUAGGAGGAACUUCAGUGACACUGGAUGUUUUGGCUUUGGUAUCCAAGAGCAUAUUGAUCUUGGAAUUAAAUAUGAUCCAUCUACUGGUAUUUAUGGGAUGGACUUCUACGUUGUGCUUGAGCGCCCUGGUUACCGUGUUGCUCGUCGCAGAAGGUGCAAGUCCCGUGUUGGAAUUCAGCACAGGGUCACUAAGGAAGAUGCCAUGAAAUGGUUCCAGGUCAAAUACGAGGGAGUUAUUUUGAACAAGGCCCAAAAUAUCGGUUCUUAAAAACCACAUGUGUUGUGAAAAAAAGGUUAACGGUUUUGUAGUUUUUUCUUUGAACUGAUCUAUGGUUCUAGAAUUUUUGUUCAAAUCAUAUUUUUAUUUGAUAUCAAUCUGGGUUUUGCUUGUCUGAUCUA